CUGUGCUCUUUCUCUAUUUACUUUGCCAACUUCUUUUUGCAUGUGCUUGCCAGCCUUUUGAUUUGAAGAUAUAAAAAGAGGCUGACAUUAAAAUGGUUAAUAACAUUAGUAAAAAAAAGUGCCUUCUUUCCUCUUUUCUCCCACUUACCUUGCAACACUCAAGUUGCUCUGCACAGACUUAUCUCAAAAUCGAGAGUCAAUCCUCGUGUCCGCAACAACGUAUUUGCUCAUAUUUAACAUAUACCCCAUUCCACACCACCACCAGGUCUAAUACUUCUGAAGACUUGAACAUUUACAAACACAUUCUUCGCUCUCUUUUCCAAAGAUACCUCAAUUCAACCUUACAGCGAUCUUACGAUAAACACACCAUGGCCACAUUUGCCACUGCUCUUGUUCCCGCUUCAAUUGCAACCGUACCAGAAGCAGCACCUUUAGAGACACAAAUCCUCCCAAUCGGGGACCAUCCUAGUGCGGCUUUCAAUAGUUCACAUGGCAAGUACACUAUCCUUUUAGCCUGGCUUGCGCUUGUCUGUCCCUAUCAGCUUAAAACAGAGCAGUUAAUAAGAUUUGCUUGUCUGAGUGUAACACAAAAAACAAAAAUGAAGGAAUAAGCUUGGACCCAUUUGCCAUUUGAUUAUGCAAUUAACUUUUUUUCCAUUUUUAAUUACGCAUUCAACUGAAAUACAGCCAUUUUGAACAAGCCGCACCCAGCUACUCGCUCCGACAGUGGCGCCUCUUUUCUAAGUCAAGCCACGAAUGGUGGGUUCUGUGUUGAACUU